UUCCAAUUGAGAGAAAGCCAAAAGAGAAAGCAACCACCACCGUCGCCUCCCGAGAAAAGUCUCGCCCCAACUGCCUUUCCUCGAAAAUUCCCGUGACCUUCGAAAAAUCCAUCUUCACAAGCUUUUAAAUCUCUGGAUCUACGCGUGUUCCGUGUUUUCUGCGAUUGGUUGAUUGAGGAGAGGAUCAUCGCGUCUCGUUCUGGCUUUUCCGAUUUAGGGUUUGUUUUUGCUCCGUCUUCGAUUUUCUCGGUGGUUAGGGUUUUUAUUUGGCUUGUGAUGGGUGAGGAGGGUUCCGCGGUUGCCCUGGGCGAUGGAUUUCCUCCUGAUGAUCUUGAUGUUGCUUUUGAGUUUGAAGACGACGAUGAAGAUCUCACUAUUGACUUCGAAACCAUUUACCGUAUUCUAGAUGAGAAGCCCCCCGAUUCUUCUCAGGGUAGCCAAGAAAAUUCAUCUCCAGCUGGUUCUGGUUCUUCACCUGACGAGCUUAAUAACUCACACUUGCAAAAUGAAACAACUCAGAUGGUUGAUUCGUUUGCCUCUCGGGAUUCGCCUUCUGGGACUGGUUCUUUUGAUCACCAUGUGAAACUUGCCUCUGGCCUUAGUCCUUCACCUGCUCGUACUUGCUCCGCGAGUCUUAAAGAUUGGUUUUCACUGAGCCCGGAUGAGAAGCCUGUCGAACCCUAUGCCAUGUCUGCUUUUUGUUAUAACUCCAAUGCUCUCCCCAACGGUGCGGAUAACCCUCUCUCUUCUGCUCAAAAUUGCUACAAUACAACAGAACAUACCCCCAGUUUCGCAUUUCAGUUCUUUCCCAAUAAAGAAGAAGCUGUGAAUGAUGUUGACAGUGGUGUUAGUGAGUGUCUGUCGGAUGGUGCCAGCCGGAUGGUUUUUGAUACACACGGGAGAGUAGACUACGGAUCUUCAGACAGGAAGCCUGUUGUUGGUUUCCCUAGUGCAAUAGGGAUCGGUUUCAAUUGUGAAAGUAAUUCCUCAGUUCCUCUUCCCUCUGCCAAACCGUACAAUCGUUUUGACAGUCACUUUGCUGAUAACUGUUCAAGCAGUUUUCAGGGUAAUAAAGCUGCCCCUGUGAAGGUUAAGCCGGAGGCUGAGUCGGAGAAACUGGUUUACAGUUCAGUUCCAAAGGAAGAAAGCAUUAUUGACCCUGUUUAUGCACCUGGGGAAACCAGUCAUUGGUGGUCUGGUGCAUCUGGCUGUUCAGUCUCCUAUCAGACAGAUUUUCAAGAAGGAUUCGCAUUUAUGGCACAGCAAACUGGUUUCCCUAGUCAAGACAGUGGCAACUCCAAUAACUUUUAUGAUUCAAAUGCAUGUUUGCAAUAUGUUGCCGCAGAUCCGAGCUCAGCGACACAGAUCAAUGGGUAUGUAGACUCUCUGACACAAGUAAACCAAGAACAUAUUCAACCAAGGAGCGUUGAUUAUAAUUUCCCAAAUGCGAGCUUUGAAUCAGUUCAAAGUCUUUCUCCAGAAAGUAUAUCCGACAGUGAUGAUGAUUCUGAUGUCUACAUAAUAGAAACUAAUGGUCAAUCUGCAAACCCAUAUCGACCUCUAGCUAUGAAAAACCCGGUGGUUUCUUCACAGUAUUCUCCAAGUGGUCAUACUUUCAAUCAACCUGGUGGCACGAGGCUCCAGUCAAACAAAGAAAAUAUGAUCUUUCAAGCUGCAUUGCAGGAUCUCUCUCUGCCUGAAGCUGAAGCAAAUCUUCCUGAUGGUGUCUUGGCAGUUCCGCUUAUGAGACAUCAGCGAAUUGCAUUGUCGUGGAUGGCACAUAAGGAGACAACUGGUUUCCCCUGUUCGGGAGGAAUUCUUGCUGAUGAUCAGGGACUUGGGAAGACAAUUUCCACCAUAGCACUCAUACUAAAGGAACGGUCUACACCUUCCCGAACAUGUGAAGAGAGUAUCAAGAAAGAAGUUUUUGACUUAGAAAGCGAGGGUGGAGAAUGUGCGUCCUCAAAACCUAAUGGACAGAGUGAGCAAGUUGAUGGAAAUAGUGUGGAUAAGGUGAGGGGAAGGCCAGCUGCUGGAACGCUUGUUGUCUGUCCCACAAGUGUUAUGCGACAGUGGGGUGAUGAAAUACGCAAGAAGGUAACUAGUGAAGCGCAACUCUCUGUACUUGUAUACCAUGGGUCCAGCAGAACGAAGGAUCCUCAUGAGUUGGCUAAAUAUGAUGUUGUGGUUACUACAUAUUCUAUCGUGAGCUUGGAAGUACCAAAGCAGCCUCUUGUUGAUGAUGAGGAUGAAGAGAAGGAUGAUUUACAUAAUGGUGAAGGUGCAGCUGCUGGCCUGUGCCCAAACAAGAAAAGGAAAUAUCCUCCCGAUUCUCAAAAGAAGGGCUCAAAGAAGAAGAAACGUCUUGACCGCGCAUCGGCUGAGGCUCAGUCGGGCCCUCUUGCGAAAGUUUCCUGGUUCAGAGUUGUUCUGGAUGAGGCACAGAGCAUCAAGAAUCACAAGACCCAAGUUGCAAGAGCAUGCUGGGGCCUUCGUGCUAAACGGAGGUGGUGUUUGUCUGGUACUCCAAUCCAGAAUUCAAUCGAUGACCUCUAUAGCUACUUCCGGUUCCUCAAAUAUGAUCCUUAUUCUUCCUACGUUUGGUUCUGUAAUUCAAUUAAGAACCCUGUAGCUAAGACCCCGGUGAAAGGAUAUCAGAAGCUGCAGGCUAUCCUUAAAACAGUGAUGCUUCGCCGGACUAAAGGUUCACUUAUUGACGGGAAGCCCAUAAUCUCUUUACCUCCGAAGUCAAUAGAGCUGAGAAAAGUGGAGUUCACUGAGGAGGAACGUGAUUUCUACUCCAACUUAGAAAAAGAAUCUCGUAGUCAAUUCCAGGAAUAUAAAGAAGCCGGGACAGUAAAGCAAAAUUACGUAAAUAUUUUGUUGAUGCUCUUGCGUCUUCGCCAAGCUUGUGAUCACCCACUUCUCGUUAAAGGAGAAUACAGUUUUACUUGGGAAUCCUCUCUCGGAUUAGCCAAGAAGGAGAGUUUCUCAGAAGCUUCAUUGCAAAUUUGUGGUAUCUGCAAUGAUUCACCUGAGGAUGCUGUUGUGUCAGUCUGUGGUCACGUAUUCUGCAAGCAGUGCUUUUAUGAAUGCUUUACGGGAGAUGAUAAUCUAUGCCCGAUUGCAAACUGCAAUGGCAGUCUCUCUGCUAUGCCUUCCAUGCAUGAUAGUGCCACUUCAGUUCAUGUUGAGACUGUUGACUCUUGUUCUGAAGGUCUUCCAUAUGAGUCAUCAAAAAUCAAGGCUGCUCUAGAGAUCUUACAAUCACUUGCCAGACCGCAAGAUUUGACAGAUAUGAAGCAACUCACUCAAAAGGGAGCGGACUCCAGUCUUUCUGCAACUCCACGCAAGGUUGUUGGAGAAAAAGCCAUUGUUUUCUCUCAAUGGACGAAAAUGCUGGACCUGCUUGAAGCUUCUCUUAUAAGUUCGCGUAUUCAGUAUAGAAGGCUCGAUGGAACAAUGUCAGUUGCUGCUCGAGAUAAAGCAGUGCAGGAUUUCAACACUCUCCCUGAGGUUACUGUAAUGAUCAUGUCACUCAAGGCUGCUAGUCUCGGACUGAACAUGGUAGCAGCGUGUCAUGUUCUAAUGCUAGACUUGUGGUGGAACCCAACGACCGAGGAUCAGGCUAUCGAUAGAGCACAUCGCAUAGGACAAACAAGGCCAGUAACAGUGGUUCGAUUCACAGUGAAAGAAACAGUCGAAGAUCGCAUAUUAGCCCUUCAGCAAAAGAAGAGAAUGAUGGUAGCGUCUGCCUUUGGUGAAGAUGAAAAGGGAAGCCGACAGUCUCACCUCACAGUGGAGGACUUGAACUAUCUGUUUAUGGCAGAUUAAUGAGAGCUCUUUUUGACCAGUGCAUGGGUGGGUACAUAUAUGGUAGGAUUUUUCUUUGUGCAGUUUAUGGAGGGUGGAAGAAACUAUUGGUAUAACUGACUACAGGUAUGGGGGAAUAUGAAAAUAGGAAAAAAAACUGAAUUUGAUUGGUUACUAUUCUAUUUGGACUUUUUUAGGUAUUGCAAUGAAGACAUAGUCCUUUGCUUUUGAAUCACUCAUUGUAAGAAUACAUUUUGAUUGGUCCGUCAGGUUAUUAGAGCUUUUACUUCUUCAA